AUGUUCUAUAUCAAAUCAAGAGACCAAUAUAUUACCCCAGCAGAGCAGUUAGAAUACGUUGCAUCAGAUCCUUCUUAUCAUCCAAUCUUGCAUUUCCCGGAAGAUAGGCCUACAAAUGGAAAUUCGAUUUUGUCAUUUAAGACUCCUGCUUUUGGAACAGACUACUACGUGCAAAUAUCUUCGAUAUCAUAUUUCAUGGGAUUUACCUUCCAAGGAUUCAACACAGUGGCUUCAACAGACGAUUUUAAUGUCUAUCUCUUCUUAAGGCUACUUGCAAUGCCAUUUAUUACAUGCCAAAUUGAUUUCUUACAGCCAAGAAUAUCAAAAACAGAGUUGCCUGACCAAAUUUCUGCAUCCAAGAAAGCAGAAGAUGCACAGCUCCAAAUUGCAAAUGGCUUAGGAGUAUUAGCAAUUUCGAGAGGUGUUUCUCAAUCAGGAAGUUCUCCUAGAAAAUAA